AUGGCGUCGAGUGGACAAACGGUGUUGCAGUUUUCAUCAUCUUCAUCAUCAACAAGUGUAUCGGCUAGGGUCCAUCCGCUAGUCAUCUUCAACAUAUGCGAUUUCUAUGUACGGAGAGCCGACCAAGCCGAGCGGGUGAUUGGUACUCUCCUCGGAUCCGUUUUAACUGAUGGUACCGUCGAUAUUCGUAACUCUUACGCCGUUCCACACAAUGAGUCAUCAGAUCAGGUUGCAUUGGAUAUUGAUUAUCAUCACAAUAUGUUGUUAUCCCAUCAGAAAGUGAACCCAAAGGAAGUCAUUGUUGGAUGGUUUUCAACGGGCUUUGGAGUCACUGGUGGUAGUGCUUUAAUCCAUGAAUUUUACGCUAGAGAAGUUUCAAAUCCGGUUCACUUGACUGUUGAUACUGGAUUCAAAAAUGGAGAGGCUGCAAUAAAGGGAUUUGUCUCAAUUAAUUUAUCUCUUGGAGAUCAACAACUUGCUGCACAAUUUCAAGAAAUUCCAUUGGACCUACGCAUGGUUGAGGCUGAGCGCGUUGGUUUUGAUGUUCUUAAACCAACAACAGUGGAUAAGAUCCCCAAUGAUCUGGAAGGAAUGGAAGCUUCAAUGGAACGUUUGCUUGCUCUAAUAGAUGACGUAUACAAAUAUGUAGAUGAUGUGGUGGAGGGGCGCGUUGCUCCAGAUAAUGACAUUGGCCAAUUUAUAUCAGAUACUGUAGCAUCUAUUCCGAAAUUAUCACCACACGAAUUUGAUAAACUAGCGAAUGAUAGUCUGCAGGACCAGUUACUGUUACUUUAUUUGUCAAGUAUUACAAGAACACAACUCAGCUUAGCAGAAAAGUUGAAUACGGCUGCUCAGAUCCUGUAA